AAAAACUCUUAGAAGGUCAAACAAAAAUUAAGAAUGUGCGUGAAAAAAAAUUAAUUGCAAAAAAAAAAAAUCGUUUCAAAAGUGAAACUUACUAUACGAAUCAACUUAUUAAAAUGAGUAAUAAAAGUAUUUGUAUUUAUUAUGUUUGACUCCACGUAUUUUUCUUUUCAUUUUCCUUUGUUUCAUUCUCACUGCUCAGAUUUUUGCUCUCGCUACCAGAUUUGCAGUUUCACUUCUCGGCUUUCUCCUUUGCGCUGCGUGAGGUUUUGAUUGCAAUUCUGGCCCAACCCUCUCGGGUGGGUGGGACAUAAGAGAAGUGCUCUCCCAUUGGACAGUGUGAUCCUGAAUGACAGUUUGUGACCCGGAACCAGAAGUGACGCUGUCCCGCGAUUUUACUUGUUCCUCACGGGUCUUAGCGCCACCCACGUUCAUAUUUCCCCUGUGUACUGUGGAUCAAAAGUAAUGCAACAGCAUGGCUUCCGAUAAAGAACCAAAUAAACAAGGCAGAAGGACUCAGCAAAGAUCUCCCCAAGUUGCUGAGGCGGCCACAGAGGCUGUCCAGAAUAUUCUGUCAGUUUUGAACCAGUCAUUGGGCAACAGCAGAACAGAUAACAGUCAGGGACAGAACUCAAGGCAGCCGCAGAGCAUGGAUGAAGAAAUGGCCAGGUCUUUUCCUGGACUGUUUAGGCGGGGGACAAAGCGAAAUUCACCAUGCAUGUACAGGCCAACAAAGAUUGCCAAACACUGGAGCUCAUUCAACUUUACAGUUUUUCUUCUGUGCAAAAAUUGUGACACAACUCCUUCACCUGUUCAAGACUUGCAGCACAUGCAGGCAGGUCUGGGAAAAAGAACUCUUUCAAUGCCAAAAGACUUUACUCAUGCAGAGGUCUCCAGCUUGUUUCAGAGUACAUAUCCAAAGAUGAAAACAAUCAGUGGUGGAUGGCUUUUGUACAAAGCAGCUGGAGGAAAUGGACGGCGCCAUUUAUCUGUUGUUCCUCCAGAAUCAGAGGGAUACACUGGAAGUACAAUAAGAAGUGCAUCUGCAGGGGGGAAAACCAUGCUGUACAUUGUUCCUUUACAGGAAGAAUUUGAUCUGACACCUCUACCUCACGAUGCACAAGAAUUUGGCCUCAUGCCAAAGGCUGAAUGCAAGACUUGCCUUAAAAUCAUGCCUUUGCAGCUUCUUGCCCUACAUGUAAAACAGUGCAGUGCCCCAGACACAGUUUCUGAUUCAGAACUAGAUUCGGAACCAGAGGUUGUUGAGAUACCCUGUCAUUAUGAAAAACCAAAAGAAGGAACAUGUCCUUUGUGCCAAGUGGUUUUCCCAACCAGGGAUUUGGAGAUACAUGCUAGUGUCUGUGGCGACGUUGGAAGUCACUUGGACAGUCCUGCCUCCUAUGACUCUGCCAGUCCAGUUGGGUUACAACUGCUUCAGAAUGAAGAAAUGUCCUGUGAAGAGGAUGUGCUACGAUGGCUGGCAGCUCAGGUUGAUGCGAGCAAAGAGUUCUGCCUUUGUGUGUCCAGAACUAAUCUCAUAGAGCGUGGACUAAUGCUUUGGCAGCGCCAGAAACACAGUUCACCACAAAAUGUUUUGAAGGUAACUUUCAUGGGAGAGGCAGGGGUUGACACAGGUGCUCUGCGGAAAGAAUUUCUUACAGAAAUGAUUGCUGGUAUUGAAACCAGACUAUUUGAAGGUGAAGAUGGAAAAGGCAAAAUGCCCAAAUACUCCAUCAAUGACCUGGAUAACGGGCUGUUCCGUGCUGCUGGUGAAAUAUUUGCUGUGAGCUUAGCUCAAGGUGGCCCAGCACCAAAGAUCUUACAAGAAUGGUGCUAUGAUUUCCUUUUAACUGGAAAUCUGGAAACAGUUGAUGUGAAGGAUGUGCAUGACCAAGAGUUGUCUUCAUUAAUCCAGAUGGUUGAAGAAGUGGAGGAUUUAUCAUCUUGCACCGAGCAAAUCAUCAACUGUGGUUACACGGGACCAAUUAAUAAGGACAACAAAGACAAAAUAAAGAGGGCAAUUAUGCUGCACUCAGCUGCAAGACGAACUUUAAUGCUUCGCCAGCUCCGUGAGGGAUUACAGCUUUAUGGCCUGAUGGGAGUCAUGGAAAAAAACAGACAACUUUGCCGGGACUUGUUUGUUGCUGGGAACAGCGAUGAGGUUGACUCGUUUUACAUUGUGUCACAUCUGUGCCCAAAGAUGAGUGAAAAAGGAACACAAAGACAUGCAACAGAGAUACAAAUCCUUAAUAAUUUCCAAGACUUCCUGCAGGAGCUUGAAGAUGGUUCUGCAGAAGAUGGACUGUCAGUUCCAGACGUGAUGCAGUGGUUAACUGGCCAGGCGCACCGGCAUUUGCUACUCUCAGAGAGAGAAACUUUUAAGAUACAUGUCAAUUUUGACCACACAUGCAUGGAGCGAAUGCCACAGCACACCACCUGCUACCCAGUUGUUAGUGCGUGCACACAAACAAUAACAUUUCCAAGUGUGCAUUUCGUCAAUAAGAAUGACUUUAACGAAAAAAUGGAAACGGCAGUCAAGAGCGGUGCAGGCUUCCACUUGAUCUAACAUAAGAUUCCAUUACUACUGUUGUUACUCUACUUAUGUAGGUCUGUUUUCUCAUCCGUUAAUGUAAACCCAUCCACCGAAACAUUUUAUUUUAGAUUAACUGUGAAAAGAAUACCUUCGUUAUGUUUACAAUGUUGCAGUUUCAAAGUUGAAAUAAGAAAUAAAGGUUUACAUUUUUCAAUGGUA